AGCGUUGGCAGAAGCCAAGGUGCUGAGAAGUGCGCUUAUAAUUCACAACGUCAUUCAGGGCCGCAUCAUUCGCCGACUUGGAGUGCUGUCAUCAACAUGUUGCGAUCGCUGCUUCUGUCCCUGUUUUUUGUGGCCUUCGUCGCAGCGAAGCCGCAGACCAGGACUCUGCCCGCCGGCGCUGCACCGGGGAACUUGGGUUCGGGGGACUUCAACCUACUGCCCCCCGGCACUCGGCUCUCUGAACUGACCACCGCACAGCUGGACAAAUUCUUCGCUAACACCGCGUCCGUGCAGUCCCUCACUAACUGCCUCGUUAACCCUAAGGGCUGCAAGUCCGAGAGCGGCCGCAACCUCGUCAAACAAAUCACAUCGCUGAAAAGCCGUGGUCAGUGCACGGACUGCGCGCCUGGUGAGCAGCAGAGGCUCAACGAAAUAAUUUACUAUUUCGUUAAGAACUUCCGUGACCGCCACCCCGACAUGUGGGACUUGGCGCUGCCUAGAGUCAUCCACAUCGUGGCCGGACUCGCCGCAAACUGAACACGUGUAAAGCGUUCAAUUAUUGAUUAAUAUUGAGAACCUUGCAUUACGAUUUUAAUUCUAGCAACUUAAUUCUAGAUUGACUGGGCAUUUGGGAACACAUUGACAAUUUAAGCUGAAUUGUUUUCUAGAAAGUCUAAAUGUUAAUAAACAUAUUUGAUAAUU